AUGCCUACAUUCGAUGGAGAUUAUACCAAGUUCAAUGAGUUCAAGAGUCUGUUUGAUCUAAUGGUUCAUAAGAACAAGGAAAUGGGAAAAGUAGAGAAACUACAUCAGUUAAAAAAGUUCACCAGAGGAAGACCUCGCGAUCUGUUAGAAAAAUUCACAAUGUCAGCAGAAAGCUACACCAAAGCAUACGAGAUGAUGAUCACUACAUACGACAAACCUUUAGAAGUUAAGAAAGCUCUCAUGAAAGAGUUGAAGACAAUGGAAAAGUUCCAUAUCGGCAACAUGAGACAUGGAUUCGAUAGAAUAAGAGCGAUUGUAUCUUCCGUAGAAAAAUACAGAAACAUUGAUACAGAUGAUAUUAUCAAAAC